GUUGCGAUGUCUUGUAAAGCAACUGGAGAGGGGGGAGGCAUCUGUGGCAGACCUGAAGAAAAACCUGGAAUAUGCUGCUUCAGUCCUUGAAAAUCUGUAUUUUGAGGAAACCAGGCGCCUGGUGGAUCCAGAGGAUGAGCUGAGGGACAUCCAGUCAGACUCUGUGCCAUCAGAGGUUCGUGACUGGCUGGCUUCCACUUUUACCCGGCAAAGAAGCCUGAUCCUGCGCCGCAACGAAGACAAGCCACGCUUCCGAAGCAUCGUCCACGCAGUGCAGGCUGGCAUCUUUGUGGAGAGGAUGUACAGACGAACCUCCAACAUGACUGGUUUCAGUUAUCCUCCAAAUGUCAUCACUGUUCUCAAGCAUGUAGACAUGUGGUCCUUUGAUGUUUUUGCAUUGAAUGAUGCCAGCGGAGACCACGCUCUGAAAUUUGUCUUCUAUGAACUACUCACCAGAUACGACUUGAUCAAUCGUUUCAAGGUAUGUCCCCAUCUCUGCCUCAUAUCAUUUGUGGACUCGUUGGAGGUGGGCUACAGCAAAUACAAGAACCCCUACCACAACCUGAUGCAUGCUGCCGACGUCACACAGACCAUCCAUUACUUCCUUCUCAAGACUGGCAUAGUGCACUGGCUAACUGAGUUGGAAAUCUUUGCCAUAAUCUUUGCAGCUGCCAUCCAUGACUUUGAACAUACAGGGACCACCAAUAACUUUCAUAUUCAGACCAGGUCAGACACAGCCAUGUUGUACAAUGACCGAGCCGUUCUGGAGAACCACCAUGUCAGUGCUGCCUAUCGCCUUCUACAGAACGAUGACGAAAUGAACAUCCUCUCUAAUCUUUCCAAAGAUGACUGGAGAGAGCUGCGGACUCUGGUAGUGGAGAUGGUGCUGGCCACUGACAUGUCGUGCCACUUCCAGCAGAUCAAAGCCAUGAAAGGCCUUUUGCAACAGCCUGAGGCGAUUGACAAACCAAAGGCCUUAUCCCUGCUUCUGCACACCGCUGACAUCAGCCACCCAGCCAAACGCUGGGAACUUCAUCACCACUGGACCACAUCCCUACUAGAGGAGUUCUUCAGACAG